AUGGCCCUCGACGUACACAACCAUCAAAUGACUAGAAACAUUGUGGUAGGCGUGCUCGCUCUGCAAGGGGCUUUCUACGAGCAUCUCAAGCUUCUACAGAGAGCUUUCCGAGAAGUAGCCAUUGGCCAGGACGAAGAAUGGGAAUCUGUGGAGAUUCGCACCGCACAAGAGCUCGAGAGAUGUGAUGCUCUUAUAAUUCCUGGUGGAGAGACCGAGUCCGCCAAUCGCACGAAGAAAGGCGGUCAGGAGCUCAUCGGUGGUUUGGACGUGAGAGUGAAUCGUAAUUAUUUCGGGAGACAGACGGAGAGCUUCGAAGCUGAGCUGGCCCUGCCAUUCCUCGGUACAAAGGACGGAAGAGGAGACGUCAAACCGUUCAAUGGAAUCUUCAUCAGAGCGCCAGUGGUCGAGAAAAUAUUGCCAGUGAUACGAGGAGAGCAGGCGAGUGAAAGAGCGAUCGACGAAACGGUCAUUGCGCCGUCCCGGAGUCCUGAAGGUGAGAUGAAUGAGCAAGUUCUUCGACCUGUUGAAGUCAUGGCUACUUUACCUGGUCGAAGUCGAACGCUCAAAAAACAUGUCGCCGCAACGGGAUUGGAGGACGAAACUGGAGAUAUCAUUGCCGUGAAGCAAGGCAAUGUCUUUGGAACGAGCUUCCAUCCAGAGUUGACGGAAGAUGCAAGGAUCCAUGUAUGGUGGCUGCAGCAGGUUAAAGACAUGACUCAACACGAGGAAAAGAGUAGAUUUCCUUGA